GCCUGCGCAAACGGCGGCGGGGCGGCUGAGGUUCGCGCGUGGCUUGCGUGGCCGACGCUAUGGGGCUAAGCCGGGUACGGGCGGUGUUCUUUGACUUGGACAACACGCUCAUCGACACGGCCGGGGCGAGCAGGAGAGGCAUGCUGGAGGUAAUAAAGCUCUUACAAUCAAAAUACCAUUACAAAGAAGAGGCUGAAAUCAUCUGUGAUAAAGUUCAAGUCAAACUCAGCAAGGAGUGUUGUCAUCCUUACAGUACGUGCAUUUCUGAUGUGAGGACUUCUCACUGGGAAGAAGCAAUCCGGGAAACCAGAGGUGGUUCAGACAAUAGGAAACUAGCUGAAGAGUGUUACUACCUGUGGAAAGCUACACGUUUACAGCAUAUGACCCUAGCAGAAGAUGUCAAAACCAUGCUCACUGAACUGCGCAAGGAGGUCCGCCUGCUCUUGUUAACUAACGGGGACAGGCAGACACAGAGGGAAAAGAUCGAAGCCUGUUCCUGUCAGUCCUACUUUGACGCUAUUGUUAUAGGAGGAGAGCAGAAAGAGGAGAAACCAGCACCUUCCAUAUUUUAUCACUGCUGUGAUCUUCUUGGAGUACAGCCUGGGGACUGUGUGAUGGUUGGUGACACAUUAGAGACUGAUAUACAAGGAGGCCUCAAUGCAGGGCUGAAAGCAACCGUCUGGAUAAACACAAGUGGAAGGGAACCGCUGACGUCAUCCCCCGUUCCUCACUAUAUGGUUUCCUCCGUGCUAGAACUACCUGCUCUCUUGCAAAGUAUAGAUUGCAAAGUUAGCAUGUCUGUGUAGAGCACAUGAGAGGGCGCACCUGCAACAUUCAGAGCCAGUUUGCAGGGUGAGAGAAGUGAGAAAUGUUAAGUCACUCUGCACGUCAUGGUCUAGCUGUAAGAAUAAUAUGACUGGGCAUGUUAUGGAGAUCCUCGCAACCCUGUCACUGUUGAUAAGCAAGCAUAGGCUGUGUCAUAUCUCAACACCCAGAGUGCAUUCCUACUGCUUACUUUGUGAGUAGUGUAGUCCAGGAAGCUUGAAAUGGAAGCAGGAAAGCUUACAUAUGGAUACGUAUAGUUACAGGCUUAUUGCUCAGAAAUAGGUUUUUAAGUCAGGCAUGGUGGCGCACACCUUUAAUCCCAGCACUCGGGAGGCAGAGGUAGGAGGAUCACUGUGAGUUCAAGGCCACCCUGAGAUUACAUAGUGAAUUUCAGGUCAGCCUGGGCUACAGUAAAACCCUACCUUGAAAAACCAAAAAGGAAAAAAAAAUUUUUUUUUUUAAAUAGACAUUCUAAAAUAUAGAGGUUAGAGCAAUUGGAUCUUGUUAAUAUGAAAUAGUAUUAUAUCAUACAAAUCAAAGCAUUCCAUAGUGAAAUUUUGCAGUUUUUUGGUAAACAUUUUUGCCUACUUUGGAUAUAUACAUUCUUGUAUCUAAUUUUUCUGGGGAGAGGUGAUUUUUUUCUGUGGUAUGCAUGUGACAAAUUGUUUCAACUUUAAAAAAACAAAAGUGGUGCUCCUUUUCCAUGCCAUUUUCACACCUCGAGAGAGAGUGCAUGGCUUCCAUGUAGUCACUCCUAUGGAAUUGUUCUACUAUUCCCAGUCACAAAGUGAAGAGAACUGGACAAUGUUGCUGGGGAUGCAUGCUAGCUAGUCACAUCAUUUUCUUCCUGUGCACCCACAAGAAGGGAGUUGGCUCCAUGUGACCUGAGCUGUUGUCUUCGCGCUGUGAUUGUUCUGUACUGACCAGCUCCUCCAGAUGAGAAUAGAGAAAGUUGGGUCUUGCUGCAAACCACUUCCAGGGUGCCAUUUUAACACUUGAAUGACUCUAAGAGUUACAUCUGCCUUAAAUCUGUCACAUUUUUAGAAAAUACUAUGAAACAAAGGUUUGUGUUCUUUAGAGUUCACUGAGCUUAGUCAAUGUCUCCAUAGCAAAGUUGAUGACCAGAUAAUUUGCUCUAGCUAUUAGACUAACCCGCUUCAUAAUUCUGUAACCAGAGUUGGAGUGGUAGCUAAUUAAAGAAGAAACUGAGGUUUUAUUUGGGUUGGUUUGGUAAGUUGUUUGGUUUUUUUAAUAAAAUUCUGUUAAGGAGGAACUAAUGAAAAAUACUAACCUGUAGGUUUAAUUCUAAGAUUGAUACCCAGCUAUGACCCUAAAAUUAACUUGUUUUCUUUUUACUGCUAAGCAUCAGAUCAUCUCUGCAAAUGUCCUUUAUGUUUACCUCUGACUCUUGAGUUCUAAAAUCAUUGUGUCUUUCCUUGGCUGUCCCAGGUACAGUGCUAUAUCACCAGAGUUUGUGGUUCCAAGUAUGGUGCCCAUAUAAAAGUGAUUAAAUUUUACCUAUUUAAAAGUUGUUAUA